UGCUUGUGACGUUUCCCGAUCCAACCGGUCAGUGUGCCGUGUUGGUAGCUGGUGGGUAGCUAGCUGCUAGCUAACCUACUGAGCUACCUCCUCCGCCUCUGAAGGCUGCUGAACGGAGCCGUGAAUGAAACCCGCACAUCAAUGCAUCUUCUGGGGCCACGAUGGCAACGACAGACAUGGUCUGAGUCGUAGAUCCUAGCCAUGUAGCUAAAUGGUUCACUCUACCUGUAGUUAAUGUUAGUGUGAUUCGUGCUCCCUUAGCUAUUUCCACCAGUAGCUAGCUUUUUUCUGUCCGGGACAGACGGCGGCAGCUAGCCCCCUCUCUCGCCACUACAGGAGGAUGCUGAAGCUGUUCGGUGUGCUGGUUAUCCUCGGACUGGCCCUGGCGUGCAUCACCUCCUGGGUGCUGGACAGCUAUGACACGGCUUGGCACCCUAAACGAAGCGUUCAGCGACCCGCUGUCGGUGAUGGAGAUGGGUCUAAAGGGAGCUCUCCACCAUUUCCCGGCGGCGAGUUGAGCAAUAUAUUCUGGUUUAUACAGGUGUCUGACAUUCACAUAAGCCGGUUUCAUGACCCUAGACGCAUUCCUGAUUUUGAAAAGUUCUGCACUGACACAAUUGAAGUGAUCAAACCUGCUCUGGUACUUGCAACAGGAGAUCUGACAGAUGCCAAAACAGAGAGUAAGGUGGGCUCCUUGCAGCAUGAGGUGGAGUGGCAGGCCUACCACAAUGUCCUGAAGAGAUCCCGCGUAAUGGAGCGCACGAGGUGGAUAGACAUCCGUGGAAAUCAUGAUGCCUUCAAUAUUAUGUCACUGGACAGCACCAACAACUAUUACCGGAAAUACUCAGCCAAUCAGAAAGUUGGCUCUUUCCACUAUGUUCACAAAACCCCUUUUGGCAACUACUCCUUUGUCUGUGCGGAUGCCACGCUGACGCCAGGACCUAAGAGGCCGUACAAUUUCUUUGGGAUACUAAACCAGACUCAAAUGGACUUGCUGGACACGUUCAGAGCUGAGAGUCUGAAAAGCAACCAGUCAAUCUGGUUUGGCCACUACACCACCUCCACCGUUGUCUCCCCUUCUCCAGGAGUUCGGGAGGUGAUGAGAUCUGCAGUCGCGUAUUUGUGUGGCCACCUGCAUACGCUGGGCGGCCUGAUGCCUGUCCUCCACAGCCGACAUCCCCAAGGCACCCUGGAGCUGGAGCUGGGUGACUGGAUGGAUAAUCGCAGGUACAGGGUUCUGGCCUUCGACCACGACCUGCUGAGUUUCUCUGACCUUAAGUUCGAGCAGUGGCCCGCAGUCCUCAUCACCAACCCCAAGGACGCCCAGUACCUGCACCCCGGAGUGGAGCCGCUGGGUCGAAUACGGAGGUCGACACACAUCAGGAUCCUAGCAUUCUCAGAAGCACCAAUCACAGCCGUUCAUGUAAGCAUUGAUGGGGAACCUCAAGGGAAAUGCCACUCUGCUGGAGGCCCUCUCUACGUUCUACUGUGGGAUCCAUCUCUCUACCUCACUGGACUGCACACUAUCAGAGUAAAAGUGGAGGACGCGGCAGGCCGGUCGUCGGUGCAUGAGCAACACUUUACUCUGGAGGAUGGCCUGACUCCUAGCUUUAGUUUUGUGCAGUCUUUCAUCCUCCUCACAGACCACUACAUCCUGGGCCGAGUGGCCUUCAUCUUUAUGAUGCUGCUGAACGUCGGUUUACUGCUGGCCUUCAGGUUUCUAAGUGUACCCUCAAGGAGAGGAGUGUACUCUCAAGCAUGCAUGUCGCUCCAUCUUGUCAGCACAAUGGACACCUUCUUCUACUCUCUGCUGCUGUUCAACCUGUGCACAGCCUUAGGUCCAUGGUUUAUAGGAGAGCUGAUAGAUGGCCAUAGUGGGGCCUGCUUUGCCUUUGGGGUGUUCAUUGAUGGACAUUUUCUGGAGGGCAGUCUCACUUAUGUUGUUGGAGUUGUUCAGCUGCUGUUCUUCAACAUGCCCCUCACCUCUUACCUGUGCUGGAGCCUCCACCACCGUUGCCGCGGCAACACCUUCCGAUCCCACUUCCUGCGGCCGGGCUGCCGCUGGCGGACUCUGGCGAUUCACGUCUUCAUGCUGCUCCUGCUCACCUGGCAGGCCCACUCCUGCUACUUCCUCCUGGAGACCUACGGCCCCAUGGCCUUUUUCCUGUCUCCUGUUCGCACAUGGGCGCUGGGCCUCGGCCUCAUACUGGUCUACCGCGCUUGGACAGGCCCUGCCCCUCCCCUACGGGAACACAGCAAGAGCGUCUCUUCCUCUUGACAGUAAUUGCACUGUACCACCACCACCACGACCACCACUACCACGACUUUCCCUUGAGCCUUGCUCACACAUUUACUUUGCUGUCUCUAUCCAUCCUGGACACCUCAGUUUCCCUUCCUUUCUUCCAAAUCCACCUCACAGUACAUCACUCACUCUCCUGUUUCUAGAUAGUAUUGUUUACUUAAUAUGCAUGUUAUUGUAAAGCACUGGUGAGCACAUUUCUGGCCAUAUUCAUAGCAAUGUGUACAGUGUAAGAAAAACCAAGGAGACAUGAGGGUUAGUAGCCUAACAAAGUUAUGCGAGGACUGUUAAAUGUGUGCUGCAGCUGACAGUACACUGAAUAGGAGCUGCGGAUUAAGCUGAGUCAUUUACUUGAGCUUUAGCACUUUUUGGAAGUGUUGCCUUGGCCGAAUGCCACUCCACCACUGCCAAAUGAUGAAUAAGAAAGAUUCCACCUUUUAUUCCUCCCUCUGAGAAUCAUUUUCAUUCACUUAGAAGGCUGGACGUGCCAAACCCAUCCUCCUCUUAACCCUCUGGUAUACAAUCGUGUGAAGAAGAAGGAUGUGUGUACGCCUCAUUUUGUACUGUGAGAUAUUCCUUACUUUUCAAAAAUGACAGUUGGCAACAAGCCGGUGACAAGCGCAUUUUCAAGUUUAUUCUCCACAUAAUUACAGGCAAUCAAAGGAAGGGAAGGCAAAUCAAUCAUGUACUGUAGUUAAAGUGUUUUUGAAUAAUUCCAUUGCACACAACUGCCACUCAAAUAACUCAAAAUUUGCAUUGAAUAGUCAUAUCAGAAACUUCAAUGCCAUUAUACAGACACAGAAAAAAAGCUAGCCAGCCUGAGUCGUCAUGCUCCUUCAAACGUGAAUACAGAAAGCAGCUGUUUGUUUCUCAGGAAUGUGAGCAACCGAACAACAGGCUGGUCCCCGAAGUAUUUCAGGACAAUGUUUUUAUACUCCACAGUAGCUCAGUGAACUUAAAAAAAAAAAACAUGUUAAA